GUGGCGGUGCCGUUUUAUGGCCUCAGAUAGCUGAUCUCCUCGCGCGCCCUUAUCUUCUCCGUCCUCCCAAGAAAUCACCUCUUUCUGUCGCGGCAGAUGACCGAGAGAUGGCCGCCAGAGUAAUCUCUCCGUGGAACCUCAGCGCGACUGCAGCAAAGUUCAAGAAUAAUCCACAAUCACAACAAGGAAGGCCUCAUAAUCACACUAUAAAAUUUGUCGAAACUCCCUUGGUGUCAUCGUUUGGGCCAAAACCAUGCACAAACAAUACCAGAUGGAGCAACGUUGUCUUGGCAACAGACAGCAAUAAAGCUUCUGCUGAGCCAAGCACUACGGAGUCUAUAAAUGCUGAAGCUGCAGUAACCACUGAUCGGCUUGCAUCAUCCGACGUUCACCUCGAUGCAAAUGGUAGAGUGCCAUCCUCCAUGAACAAAGAGGACCCUGUGCCAAGGAGAUCAUCCUUGACAGUGAGAGAAAAGUUAAGGGCAGCUCGUGUUCUCAGCAAGUACAUGGAAUCGAAGCCUGCCAAAGCGGAAUUCGGGAGCAGAGUGCUGGAGGCAUCGAGAGAAAUCGACCGAGGCAAGAAGCGGUCAGGCCUCCCAGAAGCUCCCACGAAUUUGUUCGAUGACAGCAAGCGAGGGCUGCCUCCGAAGGGCUGGACCUUUGAAUUCCCGUUUCAGGGUGAUCUGUUCAUCAUCGCCUUCUCGUUUCUGUUCAUCAGCACGGUCAUGCUUACGACGACCUUCAUCGUCUGGAAAUCUGGAGCCAUACAUUUCAACGAGUACUAGAAGAGGCAUAAUAUCUGAAUUCCAUUUCAGGAGUCUCAUUGUGUUUUCUCUGCAUCUCUGUUUAGCAGUUCAAGGGGGGCAGUGCUGCUUGUAAAAUUUUAGAUAUGUAGUGCCAUGUGCAACAUUAUAUCAGCAUUGCUCUGAAGCCAUCUACGAAUUACUGCGAAGUAGUUUUCAGCUUCA